AAUAAGGCAUUUAAAGGGGGAGCAUUGAAAGCAAUCCGUGUAUUGUGAAUUGCCUGUCAUCAGCAGCCUUCCACGGCAGAGGGAGUGAUUGGUUACUUUGCCUGUCCGCUCAGUCCAAGCUGACCAAUGGGAGGUGCGGACUCCGGUCUUCCUCCUUUCUCCAAGAGUUGUAGCCAGAUAGUCUCGCUUUCUGCGCCUUGAUUUGCUCCCCAAUUGACCUAAAUAAAAAAAGGCUUGUGAGUGACGAAGCUGCGAGCCCCGGGCGGCGCGCUCUCUGGCGGGCCCUCUUUCGUGCGCUCCUGUCCCUGCUCUUCCUUAAGUAAUCCCAUUUGCCGCUCUGCUCGUCCAAUCGGAGAAUUGUUCCUCGCUUGUAAAGCGUUUGACUCCCCUGACAUUUUUAUUUCCUCCUGAUCGUUUUCGCGCAGAAUCUGGCGCCUCCGAUGGGGGUUUCCCUUCGUGCUGCCCUUACAGGAAAUGAUGGCAGAGAGCGAUCUGGAAUGAUUACUCCGGAAAAAAACCUUCCCCGACCCAGUGAGGCUGCGCUGGGCUAAGCUGAGGAAGGAGGCGAUUGCCUUGGAAGCUGCCCGGACAGCAGCAGCAGCCCCUUGCCGCCGCCGCGCUGGCUUUCGCUUCCCUUCCAUGAUGCCCGACGAAGCGACAGAAAGCGCGCAUCCCGCGAACGCCUCGGCCCGCGUCUCCUCUUUCUUCAUCGCGAAUUUACUAGGAGCCAAAGCCAAAGAGGAGAGAAAGUCGGACAGUGCCGAGGAGGACGGCCACAAAGAGACGCGGGCGCAGGGAGGGCUUGCUGGCAGCCAUUGCGCCAUUGCCUGCUGCCAGUGCCAUGUCUCCCAUUUUGGUCUGGGUCUGCACGGCUACCCACUUCGGGAAAGCACCGUGGACUGGUACAGAAGGACUCGUGUGGCGUUCAUUGGAUGCGCUAGUCCGGAAACUAGUGACCGAGAUUCUCCGGAGAUCUCCGAGGAAGCAGCGCCGGAGAAGGCGGCGCCGGCAGGAGGCGGCGAGAAAGUGCCCGCCGAACUGUGCCCGGCGGCCGAGAAGAGAGGGGAGUUGGCGUGCAGGGGAGCCGGCGGCGGCAGCACCAGCAGCAGCAGUAGUCUGGAGGAGGAGCGGGUGGAGGAGUCCGACUCCGGCGACGCCAGGGCGGCCGCUGCCGCUGCCGGGCGCAAGAAGAAGACGCGCACGGUGUUCAGCCGCAGCCAGGUCUUCCAGCUGGAGUCGACCUUCGACGUGAAGCGCUACCUGAGCAGCGCCGAGCGGGCCGGGCUGGCCGCCUCCCUCCACCUCACCGAGACGCAGGUCAAGAUCUGGUUCCAGAACCGCCGCAACAAAUGGAAGAGGCAGCUGGCCGCCGAUCUGGAAGCCGCCGCCAACCUCUCGCACACGGCCCAGAGGGUCGUCCGGGUGCCCAUCCUCUAUCACGAAAACUCGCCUGCCGGAAGUGCCCUGGGCUGUUUUCCCUUGCCGCCCCCGCCGCCCCCGCCGCCCCACGGGUCCCCGCCUCUGGUCGGCGUUUCCAGCGGGGUCACCUACCCACUGGCCACCUUCCCGGCCACCUCAGUCUCCUUUCUGAGGUCGCAAAUGACAGGACUCGUUUGAUCCCGGCGGGACUCCCUUUCUCUCCCCACCUUGGCACCGUUUUCCUUUCUAUUUCUAAACUACUUGAGUCGAUGCUUUUCUUUUCUUUUUUUUUUAAAGGUGCAAUACACAUGUUUCCGGGCAUAAUGAUUUUUUUUUUAAAGACAAGGAAAGUAGAAGGCUUCGAGGCCUCUCUAGCUCAGAAGUCUCUGAUCAUAUCGUGCAUUCAAAGCCAGAAAGAACCUGCCAGAGGUUCCUUCCUUCCAAGAACUCUAGAAAAAGGCCAGCUGUGACCGUGAGUUGGAGCACUAGAAACUACCUUUACAUUUCGACUAUGAAAAGUGCUGAUGUUCUGGUAUUUCUUAAUUGAGGCAAUCUUAACUAUGUUGAGUAAGGAAAGAAUGUAGAGGUUUUUAAAAAAGCUUUUCUACCCACAGUUCUAGGAACACUGCCUCCCCCUUCUCUCCACUCGCUAUUGCCCUGUCUCAGAUGAAAAGAAUAAUUGAAAACACGUGAAUCGGUUGCCUAUAGACCUUUCAUAUGAUGAUGAGGAUUUAAACUAAAACUGGAUUGUUGGAAUUAAACUAGUCCCCCCACCACCACCCGCCCUUCACCUGCGCUCCCAACACUGCUCAUGCAAUUUUUCCUUUCUAGGAAAGGCCUCAGGUGUUUUUUAAACAACAAAAGAAAAGAAGAUGAAACUGGAAUUGAUCACUUACUAAAGGGAAUUGUUUUCUAAUUUGAAAAUAAUUCCUCGAUUUGGGGCUGUUUUCAUGCAAAUAGCAGGAAAUGAUUGCAGGUUUGUUCAGUAACUUUUUUCUGAUAUAAAAUUCUUAUUCGAGUUUAUUUUCUGUAUUUCACGAUCCGUCUCUCUUUAAGAACAAACCAAUCUAAAGCAUGUACUAUACUAACUACAGUUUAUGUUAGUUAAUUUAUGGUGUAAAAUAUUUUGAAACUUUAAACCAUUAUUUGCGCUCUUCAACCAUUUUCCAAAGCGCCCCAUUUGAAAACCUUCCUAUGAUAUUAUAGCCUAUUUCUGUUUAAAUACUUGAUGGAGAUCAAUUUGCUGAGUUGCCAAUUGUUCUGAUUUCUUUCAGUCACAAAAUAUGUUCCCUGUUUCCUAUGGAAAGCUGGGCUGUUCCUCAAUGUGCCCAAUUCACGACAUGUUAGAGUCAAACUUGAUAAACUGUCUGUAGCAACUGUAACGCGGUAUUAUAUGAAGUAUUAUGCAUGCUUGAACUAUGUUUCUUUAACCCUUUUCUCUGUCUAAGUAUCUCUAAAAACAACACCGACUCACAAAUUAAUCCUAAAUUCUGGCAGUUUGCUGUAACAAAGCUAAAAGAAAAGAAGAAAGGCUCUCUGGCUAGUCACUUCUGGUGAAAGGUCAAGCUUUGAUCAUAUGUAUUGUAGUAUACUCAAAUGUAAUUUAGCCUAUUACCUCGGAGCUAUUCGUUGUGUAGAUCUGGGAAGCUUUAGGGGUGGGUGGCGUUUUUUUCCACGUUUAAAAAGGGGUUUACUGAUUUGAAAUGUUUAAUUUAUAUUUGCAACAAACUAACCGUUUUUUGUUAGAAGAUGCAAUAGUCACCAGUAAGAAUGGAACAGCCAUGUUGCCUAUAAUAUUUGAAGGGAAUCUUUUGUAUAAAUACAACUUUUCCAAACCUUUGGCUUUAAACAAUGCAUUUUGUUCUGCUUGCUGCAAAUAUGAAUUAAUGACUGUGGUAGCAGUGUUCAUCUAUACAGAGAAAAUUAAAUGGGGGAAAAUAAAUUUCCUUUUUGGUUUAUCUUUCA